ACUGGUCUUGGUCCUCUUCCGACCAAGUCCUGCACCAGAGUGAAUGAGGACUCUGGACUCAGGAGGGUCACUUAAUUGUUAUUGCCUUUAGUUUUCGAAUCGUGUGGAGCGAGCAGACACAGAUUCUACCCAGGCCAUUAGGAGGAGAGCAGCAGCAUGGGAGGCGACCAAGAAACAAAACUCCACCUGAGGAGGAACGUAGGGCUCACGGGCGCGGUGUCCUUCAUCGCCGGCACUAUGAUUGGCUCGGGGAUCUUCAUCACCCCCCAGACGGUGCUGUCCACCAUAGGGAGCCCGGGGGCCAGCCUCGUCAUCUGGGUCUGCUGUGGACUGCUGGCCAUGCUGGGGGCCCUUUGCUUCGCUGAACUCGGCACCGCGAUCCCCGAAUCGGGCGGGGACUACGUGUACAUCCUGCGAACCACGGUCCGCCUGUUCGCCUUCCUGUACGCCUUCAGCUUCGUCAUGGUCAUGCGUCCUGCCAGCGGCACGGGUUUGGCGCUCAGCUUCGCCGAGUACGCCGUGGCCCCGUUCUACUCCGGGUGCACCCCUCCGGUGUUGGUGGUGAAGUGUGUGGCUGCUGUGGCUAUUCUCCUGCUGUCCGUGGUCAACUGUCUGAGUGUCAGGUUGGUCACCGCCAUCCAGGUGAUGAGCAUGGGGGUGAAGGUGGCCGCCCUGGGCUUCAUCAUAGCGGGAGGCGUGGUGAUGUUCUUCAUUGGCCCGACUACGAACUUUGAGAACUCCUUUGAGGGGACGAAUGUCGGCGUGGGCUCCAUCGGGAUCGCGUUCUACCAGGGCCUGUGGUCGUAUGACGGCUGGAACACGGUCAAUUAUUUUACUGAAGAGCUGAAACGUCCAGAGGUGAAUCUUCCCAGGGCUGUCCUGAUCGCCAUCCCCAUGGUGACGUUGUUGUACGUUCUGGUCAACGUGAGCUACCUGCUGGUCAUGACUCCCGCCGAGUUGAUGUCCUCCACCGCGGUGGCAGUGACCUGGGGUAAUAAAGUGCUGGGCAGCUGGGGCUGGAUCAUGUCCGUGGCGGCGGCGCUGUCUGCGUUCGGGUCGCUCAACGGGACCUUCUUCAGCGGGGGCCGCGUGUGCUUCGUGGCGGCGAGGGAAGGACACAUGCCAGAUAUUCUCGCCAUGGCCCAUGUCCACAGACUGACCCCCUCACCUGCGCUGAUUUUCACUACAGUCAUCUCUCUUCUUGUGCUGAUUCCAGGGGACUUCCAAUCCAUCGUUAACUUCUUCAGUUUCACUGCCUGGUUUUUCUAUGCAAUCACAAUUUCGGGACUCCUUUACCUCAAGAUCAAGAAACCUGAACUGCCUCGACCAUACGCGGUUCCUAUCAUCAUCCCCAUAUUGGUCCUCCUCGCAGCCAUCUUUCUGGUGCUGGCACCCAUUAUAGACAAUCCUCAAAUUGAGUAUCUCUAUGUGACUCUAUUCAUCUUCAGUGGGAUUUUAGUUUACAUACCAGUCAUCCAUUACAAACUCUGCCCGGGUCUAUUGACCAGGAUAACUCUGUUCCUUCAACUCUUCCUUGAGGUCGCUCCUGCGGACAAGAACCUCUGAAGAUGCAAAGAUAGAAAGGACUGUUUUUUGGUUUGUUUAUCUUACACUGGCUAUGUUUAAAUCGGCUCACCUGUGCCCUCAUUCCCAUAGCACUUUUUAGUACAGUUGGCGUGACAUGUAUUGGUUGCAUAAUCAAGAAGACACGUGUGAGAUGUCACCCUGAGAAAACUAAUUUGCAUAAAUAGCUCCUAUGUGCAAACCAUCUCUAUUGGAUGACUCCGAUGACAGUGAAAACCACUGCACAUCCUGGGAUAUAGUGCAGAUAUGUGUGCUGUACUGAAAAAUUAUUUUUGACAGCACUGGAAAAUGCUGACGCUCCUUAAAUAGUGCAGUAACUGUGUCACUCUCACUACUAAAAUAUCUAGGCACUAUUACCCUUAAAAUAUGUUGACACAGGUGAUGGGAAGGAAGAAUGAAAAAAGUGAGCACCUCUGGCCUCAAAAUCGAUUGAUUUGAAUGAAAUUAGGAAUAUGGUUACCAGUGUAUUUCUUGUUAUUCACAAUUUUCUAUAGACGUUUAUAUGUGCAAUUAUUUUAUGUGAUUGACCUGUACUAGAAAUGGGUAUUCAAGCUCAAUUUGUUACCCAUUUGUUUACUGAUGUCAAACAUCAACAUCAUCCUUCUAUUGUGUUAUUUUAAACACCAACCUUUUUAUUAAAGAAACAAUUCAGUACAAACUAUUCUGUUUAUGAUACCAAACUUGAAAUGUGAAAGAUGAAAGCUUUGAGUAAGGAAUUCAAUGUAGAUCACUGUGUCACACAUUGACCAGGGUAAUAUAAGUUCUCUUUAAAUAACCAACACAUAAGCAAUUCUUCCAGAAGAUAUGAGGCGGCAAUCUUCUGAGAACCUCUUGAUGUACAUUUUUGAGUUUUGCAAUGUAUCAGUCUGACCUUGGCUUGACAGCAAUUUGUUUACAAGUAGAUCACAGCCUUUUGUAUGCAAAACAACUCUGGCACUCAUGCUCUUGACCCUUGUCAGAUUGAUCUCCAAAGAGGAACAGAAUAUGAACUUACAAGAUCUUACAAGGCUUUUAAUCUACAGAUCUGAUUACUGAUAAAAACUGGACCCAGUGUAAUUGAAGAAAGCUCAGUUUCGAUCUAACCACACCAGUAAAAAAUUAAAAUGGGAUGUGGCACCAUGACUAGGCAGCAACCGUUCUGAAAUAUACAUAAAAGUUUAUUUGAGAUGUUACGAAUUACACUGCAAGUAUAGAACAUUGAUUUAAAUUACACUGUUGGAAAAAGACAUUUUAAGUUGUGGAAUCGCACUAUACCCCACAAAUGAAGUAAAUGUAACAAUAAAAAGAAACACUGACAACCGUUAAGGUUCACCAUUAAACAAGUCAUGGUCGAUUCAUACUUGAUAGUGCAACUUUGACAUGCCAAAAUAUUGUUCAUCAGAACCACAAGGAGGAUGGAAAUAGGGUAAGGAGAGGUGUGCUAUGUAAACAGUGGGAGUGUAUGUACACACUAUAAUUAUUAUUUAUCUGAAG